GUGGUUGAUAUUGAUGUUUAUGUUGACACCCGUUUUUCUGUUGGUGUUGCUGCUGCGUUGUGCGAGUUGUCUGCCUGCCCACUGUUGGUGUGCUGGGGACUAGCGCUACCCUUUCCUCGUCCUCGUCCUGCUGCUGCUCUUCCAUCCCUCUCCGCCCUUCCCCACAUCCUGUUUCCUUGCCUUGCGUUUCGUCUUGCCAUCACUCGUGAUUGCCCGGAGCCCUUUAGUUCCGUUUUAUUUUGUGGACGCGAGGACGGAGAGCGGCUAUUGACGAGAGGAGGAGCAGGGCGGAAUCGGGUCCGGGCGCUGGGGCGCUGCACCGUCUACCAGGAUGAGUAGCGGUAGGGGCGGCGGCGGAAAUGCCGUCGAGAUCCCGGCCAGCACGAAGAAAGUUGUGCAGGAUCUCAAGGAAGUGGUCGGCUACAGCGAGGAGGAGAUCUAUGCCAUGCUCAAAGAGUGCAACAUGGACCCGAACGAGACCGCGCAACGGCUGCUCAACCAAGGAGGUAUUGGAGCUGCACCUUUCCCGGUGCACUGCUGCCAUCCGUUUCACGAGGUGAAGAGGAAGCGGGACAAAAAGAAAGAGAGUGGAGGAGCCAAGGAGAGCCAGGAUAUGAGAGGGCGGCUUGGGAGCGGAGGUUAUCCCAGAGGAGGUGGACGUAGCGGUGGUGGAAGAGGGGGAUCCCUGCCUCGUUAUGGUUCACAAGGCUCACAAGAGCAUGGCGGUGGGCGGGGUCGACCGUAUGGGAGGGAGAACGGUAUUCAUCCUGGUUCACGCAGUUCGAGCACAGUUUCAAACUCGAGUCCUGCAUUUGGUCAAACUAGGCCGUCGGGCACCGCGUUGAGCUCCACACCGUCCUCAACAGCUGCCCAACCUCCAGCAGUCUCAGUUCCAACAUCGACUGCGAGUUCAGGGAGCUCCGGAGGAUCAGCAGCCAAUGGGAGCAGUGGGUAUGUGAAGCCCGCACCAGGCCCACAAGGGGCUUGGGCGUCAGGGCACGGUACAAUGGCAGACCUAUUAAAAGCAAGAGCAGCUCCUCCUUCCUCUACUCCGAGUUCUCAAUCCCCAUCUACUUCUCCAUCCAUCCCAGCGGCCGUCGCUCCGUCAUACCCAGCGGCAGCUGCCCCUGCAUCAUCAUCAGAAGCUUCAGAGUUUUAUUCGUCGAGCACGGACCCAGUGCUGGACUCAUUUGUGGAUUCGGUACCUGCCGGUUCUCAAAAUGUAAUCGGAGCGGUGGGCAAUCAGAGGCUGAUUGGAGACCGGUUUGUAAGUUUAACACCCGCAGAGUUGAGCUUGGAUUCAAGCGCAGCGUCCUCUUCCACACAGACAAGUGCCGUUCCGGCAGCUGUAGGAUCAGGUGAGACGGAAGUGGAGGAGGUGGAAGCUAGGGCAGCUUCUCCCGCUGCUGCGUCGACGCCAGCCUCCUCGAGUCAAGACACGAGCCCGGAGAAAGCUGACGUGAGCGUGGAAGUUGGCAAUUCGCAAACGCACGGGUCCAAGAGCGUGCUGGGUGGGAGUCAGUUCGAUGGACGGCCUUUGUAUGGAUCCCCGCAGCAGCCCGUCGGCACUCAGAAAGCUGUGGGCGGUGGCGCUUUCGAGUGGAAAGCGAAAGCUUCAGGUCAUGGUUCCCUAGGAGCCUCAUCGGACGGUGGUUCUCAGGGUCUCGAUGCGGUGAACCCGACGAGCAUAGCACAAGCUUACCAGUCUCUGAGCAUACAGGAUGACGAGCCGGUGAUAAUACCGACGCACCUUCGAGUGCCGGAAGCAGACCGUUCGCAUCUGAGCUUCGGUAGCUUUGGAGCGGAUUUUGGAACGGGUCAUGGGACGAGCUUUGGGUUUGCGGAAGCGCAAGAAAACAAGAAGCACGCGGAGACGAUUGCCGUGGAGGAGAAUUCCAUGGAGAUGGCGCCUCCUUCGAGCGUGGAGACUCAAGUGGAGAUCGUGCAGUCGUAUGGGCUACAACAAGUAGCGACUCCGGUAGAGAAUCUAAGCGCGAGCGUGGAGGCUCCAUCUGUGAUGCACCCAGCUCCUGUGAUUCCAGCCCAGGAGCAACCCACAAAACCGGAUCCAGUGGUGCAGCAGACUCCUUAUUUCUUGGGAGUAUCGAACUACUCUGGGUUUGGGUUGAUGCCACAGAUGCCUGCUGGUCAGUACGCGUACGAGCAAACGGAGUCGUUACCUCAAGAUGUUUCCCGGAUUCCAAGCAUGAUGCCGACGUACGACCCGACGACGAGUUACUACACUUCAGCUUUCCGCGGGGCAGAUGCCGAUCGGUUGUACCCCCCAUAUGUUCCAACAAACACAGCGAGCAAGUAUUCUGGGAAUGUUGGCCUUGUGGCAGCUCCAUCGCUUUUAUCAUCUCAGGAGGGAGGCAAUCCUAUGCUAGCUUCCGCAGCUCCCAGCGUGAGUGCUGCGCAGACUUCGCAACCGGGAAGCAACGUGCAGACUACACAAGUGAUGCCACAGCAGGCUUUGCCGAUGCAUUACUCGCAGCCACCUUCUGUACACUUUGGGAGCUACAUGAGUUAUCAGUACAUGCCGGCCAAUUAUCCUUAUUUACAGCCUCCAUAUCCGCACCACAUUUACAACUCGAACAGCACCUCAUACGCCCAGCCUCCGGCAGGUUCCACGUACACUCCUCCAGCUGCAACUUCUUAUCCAGCGGGUGGAGCGGCGGGCGUUAAGUUUCCGAUGCCCCAGUACAAACCUGGAGCAGCAGCUGGAAGUGGUCCUAAUUCUGCGCUGGGCAUGGGGUACGGUGGGUACACGACGACGCCUUCAGGAUAUGCGUCUAGUCCUGCGGUGACAGCCGGGAAUGCUUCUGGUUACGAGGAUGUGAAUACAUCGCACUACAAGGAUAGUACUUUGUACAUUCCGAGCCAGCAGCAGGGAGAUAGUUCCACAGUGUGGAUCCAGGCUGCGAUGCCUCGGGAGAUGGGUCCCACAGGGACCAUGCAGACGAGCUCAUACUACAACUUAGCCGGACAGGGUCAGCACAGCGGAUACGCGCAUUCUCAGCAACCGGCGCAUGGGCAUGCGCACCCAAAUGCGGCUUAUGCCAACUUGUACCAUCCGUCACAGACCGGGCUAGCACCGAGCCAUCAGAUCCUUCAACAGCCCCAAAACAUGGGAGGUGGAGGCGGGAACAGCCAAGCAGGCGGCUACCAGCAGCAACCCCAACGCACACAACAGACGUGGAAUAACUCAAACUAUUAGUAGGAUGGGGUGAAUGUGGGAAACAGACUUAAGCGGUGUAAUUUCAGUACGUUCAAUAUUUCAGAGAGUGCUGACCGAAUUGACUUACAUUGAUGUCCAUGCCACGUUGAGGUGGUGGCUAUUCCACAGCAGCUGGGGUCCUUGUUGACUAGGCAGAUCAGGGGAGGCCUCCAGGAGAAAGCCUGAGAAGAGUGUAAAUACAAGUUUGACGAAGUCGGGAGUGUGAGCAUAGCGAAUUUGUUGAGCUUUUCGUGCUCAUGCACCUGGAUCAUUCUAGUGUGUCACGUGCUAGUAGAUAGAGAUGGUGCGCAAGCUCCUUUUAAAUUUAUAUCUUCACACGCACAUGUUCUAGUUCGAUCAGUCGUUUUGGCAGCUUUUGGAAUGCCUCUGUUUCAUAAUUAAAUUUCUAAGUGUUUUUCCUUGGCCCCUUUCA